UUUCACCAGUUUUUAGGUUAUGGUAGAACUGAGAAGUUAAACCGUAGUGGGGUUUGCCAUCUGGAAAAAAUGUUUCAUAUGUUAAAUCGUUGAUAAAUUCGAAAACGUCUGAGAAAAAGUUAUUGAAAUUUCUGCAAUUUGAUAUAAAAUGCACAAAAAUAAAUUCUUCCUUUAUGCUGGUGGUAUAUUUUUAUCAUAUUUUUAUUUUGGAAUUGUCCAAGAAAAAAUAACGAGGGGAAAAUAUCCUUAUGAAGUUGUGGAACAAGAUGGAACAGUUUCCACAAAAUACGAAAAAUAUACGUUCGCUCUUACUUUAGUUUUCGUUCAGUGUGUAGUGAAUUUUUUGGUAGCAAAAGUCUCUCAAACAAUAUGGCCUCAGGGCGAAGACAAAACUCAUAAACUCUACUAUGCAAGUAUGUCUGUCACCUAUUUAUUGGCUAUGGUGUGUUCUAAUAUGGCUCUACAGUGGGUGUCCUAUCCGACGCAAGUGGUUGGAAAGUCUGCCAAACCCAUACCCGUUAUGAUUCUGGGCGUCUUAUUGGGGAAGAAAACUUACACGGCUAGAAAGUAUCUUUUCGUUUUCAUGAUCGUAUUUGGGAUUGUCCUAUUUAUGUUGAAAGACCAAGCGAAGACGAGCACUCAAGACUCCACGCUAGGAGUGGGGGAAUUAUUAUUGGUUCUGUCUUUGUUGAUGGAUGGAUUAACAGGGGCAAUUCAGGAUAGGAUAAGAGCUGAAUCGAAGCCAACUGGCUUACAGAUGAUGCAAGUAGCCAAUGCAUGGUGUACUCUCUUUUUGGCUGUGACUAUUUUGAUAACUGGAGAAUAUGCAGCAUUCUUUGAAUUUGCAAAGAGAUUUCCAUUUGUGGUGAACAAUCUGCUCAUAUUAGGAGUAACAUCUUCCAUCGGGCAACUAUUCUUAUACUCAAUGGUGUCAGAAUUUGGUCCCUUAGUUCUUUCAGUUGUAACGACAACAAGAAAAUUCUUCACUGUCUUGGCCUCUGUCUUACUCUUUGGUAAUGCAUUAUCUGCACGGCAAUGGACUGGCACAAUAAUAGUUUUUGCCGCACUGUUUCUCGAUGCAUUCUACUCAAAAACAACACCAAAGAAGAAAUAAAUUCCUCGAUUUUGGAUCUUUUGAAUUGUUAUUUGAAAUUUUGUUUCUUUAGAUUGUUUUUGAAUGUUGUUUAAACAUUUACAGUAAUAAAUGUUUUUCCUAUGUUACUUUUAAAGUAAA